UUUCAUCUUACCUGCAUACACAUGUGUAGGAUUAGGAUUUGCGGGGGAGCCCCCUGUGCGCGGUUUUCGAAUCGCCGUCGCCCGACGCAAACGCCGAUUUUAAACAGUUCACACGGACGCGCCACACGUGACGGUACUGUUCACCAUCGAUGCGACUACAAAUCAAAUCAAAACAAAUCAAAACUUGCAUUCGUGUACUUGUUCAAUAUGUGAACUAAAAACGCAAAAACAUCAAAAAACAGAAAAUUAAAUUGGCAUCAGGCGCAAGAAAUAAAUAAAACACGAAAUGUUCUCAUCGGUUUUCACACUCUUCUUCCUCCUGUUGAUGGAAAUUACAAGCAGUGAAUCACGUUCAGAUUCUAUUCUGGAUAUAAUAAACACCAAGGAAGUGGAAAAAAUCAUCGCUGAACGCCAUCGCGCUUCAAAAUCCUCCGAAAAACGUUUUCUUUUAGAAAACGAACUGGAUGACACCUAUGCCCCGAAUGAAUACGACAUUGAAUACGAACACGAACGCGUUAAACUACUCGACAACGACGCCAUCUUGUCUAAACCGCACGACAUCUAUGCAUCGACGAAUAAAUCACCGCGUAUUGAAGUAGAUUUACUCUAUCGCCGACAAAACUUAUCCGAACCUUAUAAAACCAUUGAUUUAAUCUCAGAUCUGCAUGGAUAUCACGGAAGCAAAAUUUUAAAAUCAUCAAAAAACGCUCUAAUGGUCACAAAACUGGAAUAUUUACAACGGGAUUGGUGUAAAACUGAACCUUUGAUACAAAAAAUCAAAGAGCAAGGAUGUUUAACCCGUACGAUUAUAAAUAAAUUCUGUUACGGGCAAUGCAACUCGUUUUACAUUCCGAAGAAUCCGAAAAAGUUUAAAAAACGAAGGAGGUUUUAUCAUGAGAGCGAGGACGAAGACGUGAAUGGUCCAGCGUUCAAAAGCUGUGCAUUUUGCAAGCCGAAGAAGUAUACGUGGAUCACGGUAACGCUCACCUGUCCAAAUUCAACGCCGCAGUUCCGGAAGAAGCGAAUUCAGCGGAUUAAGCAGUGUAGGUGCCUUGCAACUGAUUUGAACUGAUAGUAACACAAAUGAAAAAAGUCAAGCGGAUGAUUGUUAUGAUAAAAUAUGUUAAAAAAGUAUUAAUUUAUUAAAUUAGCGAGUACAACGCGUUGCAAAUAUUUUGAAAACGCUCGGUAGGCUAUAGUAAAGUCAUCUUGAGCAGUUGAGAGUUGAAUAAUCUUAUCUUGAUGUCCGGACUAUAGAAUUAUUCGAUUAAGCUAUACAAAAGUGAUUAAUUAGAUUGUAAGCACAUUGUAAUGUUAUUUUAAAUAUAUAUAAUAUAAAUAAA